AUGGAGGAUCUACAUUUUUCUGAAAUUAUAGCAAGAGCUGGUUUGAAAGCAUUCAAUAAUUUGCCGAAGACUGGAAAACCAAAUAGUAAUCAGUGGACAGUGUUAUCGUGUAUUGUUCAGGAAAAUAAUUCUUGUUGUGAGGUUGUUGCUUUGGGGACUGGCUCUAAAUGUAUAGGAACUAAUAAAAUGUCACCUGUUGGCGACAUCCUGAACGAUUCGCAUUCAGAAGUCAUAUGUCGUAGAGCUUUUCUUCUUUAUUUAUACGAACAAAUGGAAAAUGCAUUAUUGAAAAAAGAAUCCAUAUUUUUUUUUUGUCAGAAGUCUUUGAAAUUUAAAUCGAAUGAUAAUGUGAAAUAUCAUUUCUUUAGCACAAUGAUGCCUUGUGGUGAUGCUAGUAUAUUUCCAAAGUGUGAUGAUAAUAAUGCUGGCGAUGUUGUUGGUAUUGAAAAAUGUGAUUUGAAAGAUGAUAGGUCUGUUAAUUCUUAUGAACCUUUAUGUAAAACAAUGAAGGGAAAUGAUGGUGAUAUUUAUCGUACUGGAGCUAAAUGUUUAGAAAGUGAAGAAAAGAAAGAUCCUAGAGGAGAAGGAGCUGCCUAUCAUAUUACUGGAGUAGUAAGGACCAAGCCAGGUAGAGGAGAUCCCACACUUUCAGUAUCUUGCAGCGAUAAAAUGACGAAAUGGUGUUAUUUAGGCUUACAAGGUGCUCUCAUGAGUAUAUAUUUGGAAGAACCAAUUUACUUGUCGACACUAACUAUUGUUGGAAAUACACCUUUCUGCACAGAAUCUCUUGAGAGAGCUUUUUAUGGCAGAAUUGUGAAUUUGAAGUUGUUUCCACCAUAUGAAGGAAAAAAAAUGAUAUUUCAACAAGCGAAAGAUAGUAUAUUCCAUUUUCAAAAAAGUGAUCAAAAAGAAGUUUGCCCAAGCUCUAUUAUUUGGUAUAAGGAUGCAAAGAAAUCAGAAGUUGCAGUAGAAGGAAGAAAACAAGGGAUUACAAAGAAAACCAAACAUUUGGAAUCUUCUAGAUUGAAAAUUUGCAAAGCUGAAUUAUUCAAACGAUUCAAAUCACUUUAUCAACAUGUUAAUUCCAACAUUGAUAGCCUGAACUAUAGACAGUAUAAAGAAAUUGCUAAAGAGUAUCAAUUGAAUUGGAAUGUUCUGAAAUAUUACUUAGGGAAAUGGCCAGAGAAACCUAAUAUUUUGUUGGAGUUAAAUCAAUAAAGAUUACUGAUCACUUG